CAUCCAUCCUUCAUCCAUUCAUCCCGCCAAUAUCCCCGGCCGAAACACCAACAAACAAGCCUUUUGACAUGCCAGUACCGACGAGCACCCGCCCGGAUCUCUCUGGGCUCGCCAAUUAACCCCCGCUCGUCUUAUAUCAAUCAGAUUUCAAUCUUUAUUAAAUAGCCUCGCCCACUACCGCAACCACCGAAUCCCGGCUCUGCUAAACCCGAAUCCUGCCUGGAUCUACCCAGCUGAGCCCUAAGGAAGGAUUGAAUUGAGCUCCUACCUCAUCCACAAUGGUCGCCCGUGCACGAAGCCUCGAGGCGGCAAGGACCUCUCUACCAGCGACAUUUGCGUUUCGUAGACCUCGGUUAUCGCCCUUGUUCCUCUCUUCCAGUCCUGAAGCUCGCUCAAACUACCAACGAUUAUCCUCCGCAUCCUCUGUGUCCUCUUUAACAUCAUCAUCCUCGUCUUCCUCAUGCCAGAGGCGAUGGUAUUCUUCCGAUCCAACGACUUCCCAGCAGAACCGACAGCCAGGUGCCCAGAGCCAUGAUCAAGCAGCAUCAGCACCAUCAACUCCAAGCUCCACAACGACAACGUCUUCAUCGUCAUCAACAUCCACAUCAACAUCAACGUCAAGCAAUCGCCGUAAAGAGUCUGCUGGAGGGAAAUUCAACUUGUAUGGCGAUGAGUGGGAGGAUACCGUGGACUUUGCCAUUCAAGGAUUUGACGAGCUUCCCCAUCGCUUGUUUGGCGUAAACCAACAUAUGAUCAUCAACUAUGAACUCAAAGAAGCUCUGCGUAUGAUGCUGCGCCAGUUCAAUGCACCCAUUGUCUACUGUUUCGCCUACGGUUCAGGCGUUUUCCCCCAGGAAAAGGCCGGCCGCAGCAUCAGCGAGGCUGACUUUCGAGCCGUCCACCCCAGGCCUCCCGAAGCCUUGGUCAAGGCCCAGGGAGGCUCUCCCAAGAUGAUUGACUUCAUUUUCGGAGUCACUCAUACAGAGCACUGGCAUUCUAUCAAUAUGAAGCAGCACCGAGACCAUUACUCUGGCGUUGCAUCGCUAGGCUCAGGCUUUGUCUCGCGAGUCCAGAACUGGGGUGCUGGCGUGUAUUUCAAUCCCUACGUUGAAAUUAGCGGCAUGUUGGUCAAAUAUGGCGUCACAAGCAUCGACAACUUGGUUAGGGACCUGUCCACUUGGGAUAACCUCUAUUUGGCAGGGCGCCUGCAAAAGCCGGUCAAGAUCCUCCGUGACCAUCCUCAGGUCCGAUUGGCAAAUCAGAUAAAUCUUAUUGCUGCUGUUCGAACUGCGCUCCUUCUGCUGCCGUCUGACUUCACCGAAGCCGAUCUAUAUAGCACCAUUGCUGGGCUGAGCUACCUCGGCGACCCCCGGAUGGCUCUCCCUACCGAGAAUAAGAGCAAGGUAGACAACAUUGUCUCUAACAACAUGGUUCAUUUCCGCCGACUCUAUGCUCCGCUAGUCAGGACACUUCCCAACGUGGCAUUCGUGGACCCUGUUCGGCUCGAUGAUGAGAGCUGGAUUUUGAACCCCGAAGCCAACGCCAGGAUGCAGCAGGAUAUGGAUUUGAUGAAGAGGGGUAAUAUGGUCAGACGUUUACCGGGAAGCUUCAGAUCUCGCCUCUACUUUCAAUACCGGAAGAAGUUUGGCAUUCCCCAAGACGAAUUCAAGGCCAUGAUGGAGGCAGCCUCUGACUCCGACGGAGCUGUAAAACGCCGCCAGGCGGGAGAGUUUGAGAAGCGGAUUGCUGCGGAUGACCCCGAACAGCUGAAGCAGAUUACUCGCCAAGUCAUUAAGCAGACUGUCAACUGGCCUAGCACAUCGCAAAGCAUCAAGGGCUUACUCAUGGGUGGCUUCAAGAGAUCAUGGCGAUACUUGGGCGAAAAGGUGUCCAAGUGGAAGAAGGGCAGGUCCGACAAGAAACCUGAAAGCAAAGAAGCUGAAAAAUCGCAGAAAAAAGAAGAGUAA